AGCACACGCGGAGCAGCGCAGUAACGAGCCGAGAGUCACUUAGUGCGCGCGCGUUUCUUCCGUAACACGUUAAUUUGGGGUAAAAUUUUGAAAAAAUACCAAAAAGUUAGUACGGUAGAUCGCAACGAGGCGCUCAACGCGACAAGCGUCGUUCAAUUGUACAAAUAAAGAGCUUAAACGAGAGAAGUUAAUGAUUGGAAAAAAACGCACACGUGAAACCAUCGCAAAAAUAAAAACGUUACUACAAAAACGGAGUCGUUAGUACGAGCGAUAAGCGCGAAAUAGCGCGUACGUUUGAUCGUCGCGCGAACGCGUUAUUAUUGCCGACGAUUAUUACUGUUGUUCUCUUUCAACGAUUGUAUACCUCCAUUGCCCGGUUGACAUUAACUCGGCGGUGAUUCGUUUACUAACCAAAAAAUAGUGAGAAAUCAGCAAAUGAUUAAAUGAAUAGCUAAUCACCGAAGGGAGCUAAAAGUGCGCGACGAAUAAAAGAUAUUGAAAAAGUAAACAAUAAACGAAUCGAAGGAAGAUACCUAUAAAUAAAAAUAAACCCAAAUAAUAAAUGCGUAGUAUAGGCUCUUGGACGGAGGCUGGUUGUUGUUGAAUUACCUUUAUUAUUUAAAAAGUUGUAUAUAUAAAUUUAUUUAUAUAAUUCAUUAUAUAUAUAUAAACACAAAAAUUCACGACGUUUCGCCAAAAUCAACCGUUCAACAUGUGUGAUAAUACCAAUUCGACGACGCAAAGUAUAGCUGACUAUCUGUCACAACUUCUCAAAGACAGGAAGCAACUAGCAGCGUUACCAAAUGUAUUUAUACACGUGGAGCGACUUCUCGACGAAGAAAUCGCGAAGGUGCGAGCGAGUCUCUUCCAGAUAAGCGGAGUCAAAAAGGAGCCGCUAAUACUCCCGGAACCGGAGGGCGAGAUCAUGACGUUAACGGAAAAAGUUUACGUCCCUGUCAAAGAGCAUCCCGACUUCAACUUCGUUGGAAGGAUUCUCGGACCUCGGGGUAUGACUGCGAAACAAUUGGAGCAGGAGACUGGUUGCAAAAUCAUGGUACGAGGAAAGGGUUCGAUGCGAGAUAAAAAGAAGGAGGAGCAAAAUCGAGGCAAACCGAACUGGGAACAUUUGACGGACGAGCUGCAUGUUCUACUCACUGUCGAAGACACCGAGAAUCGUGCAACCCUCAAGCUUGCUCGCGCUGUCGAGGAAGUCAAGAAACUUCUCGUGCCCCAGGCCGAUGGCGAGGACGAAUUGAAAAAGAGGCAGCUCAUGGAGCUCGCUAUAAUCAACGGCACUUACAGAGACUCCAACACGAAAGUUGCAGCUCAAGCAGCGUUUGACAUUGCAGCAUGCGACGAGGAAUGGAGGCGCGUGGCGCAAGCCGCGGCCGAGUCACAGCGUCUUUUACCAGGGCUUGGUACGCAAAUGCGUACGCAAAACGCACCGCUGGGGGCGCCGUUGAUCCUGUCGCCGCGUAUCACAGUACCAACGACCGCAGCGUCGCUGCUGAAUGGCUCAGGUCCGCCAGGAUCGUUACUCUCGGCGGGUGAUCCACACGGGCUCAUCUACACGCCGUACGCCGAUUACGCCAACUACGCGGCACUAGCCGCAUCCCCGUUGCUCACCGAGUACGCCACUGCUGACCAUUCUGGCUCACUUCCAAACGAUAUCGGACGAUUAUCACGAAUAUUCAAUUAUUAUUAUUAACUCCGAUCCUUUGGGGCUCAUUUUUAGUCGUCAACUCCAGAGUGUAAAUCCGGCUCGUUCACGUUCAUCGUCCGUUGGAAACUCUUUUCCAACUUUCCAACCGGAAAACAUUUCUCUCUCUCUCUUUUUUUUUUUUUCUUUUUUCUUUUUAUCUUUGUAUUUUUUUAAAGCUUAAUCAUAAGAACGAUUCUCUUCUAUUAUAUUAUUCUCUCGGAUUAGCUUCUCUUAUCUAGUUUCAUGAGAACCGACGUUUUUACCAGCAUCUGAAUUUCAACAGACACGAACGAACCCGGUUUACGAGAUUGGGGCUUAUGUUACUAUAUUCGUAUUAUUACUGUUACUAUUGUUAUUAGUCCUAUUAUUAUCGAUAUUAUAACGAGUAUUAUUAUUAUUUUGCGAUUAUUGUUUACGCUCGCGAUGCGCCAGAGCUCCGUUCGCUCGCAGCCCCAUUUUACUCUAUUUAUCCAAACCGUCUUCCACGCGUAGGCCACUGUACGAUUUUGCCUAUUUUAUUCACCACUUUUUCUCACCUCGUGCUAUUUACAUUCGUGACGUAUUCAGUUUUUUUAUUCAUAUUUUCAUUAUUAUUGAGAAAUAGAUUGAAUCAGUCAUUCACUAGUCGCGUCUCAUUGAUCGUUUUGCCACGUACGUACGGAUUUAGCGUUGUGCCCAGUCUGAGGCCAUUUUUCACGACCCAAUAUCGAGCUGGUUAUCAAAUUCAAAACUUUCAGAGGCUUUUCGUUGGAAGGGUAUUUUUGAUUGACUGGGCCGUGAGAUUCUUUUCGGUCUUUUUGUGUGCGUCGGCGAUAUUGCAACGUGACACCUCGUACAGUCGGAACGUCAGAACUCCGAGCUUCGUUCACACUUUAACGAAAAAAAAAACACAACUUUCUCUCAUUCGCAAUCGCAUUGGAAUAAUUGUGUUUUCGUUUUGUUUACCAUUAAUAUUUUAUCAACGUCCGUUGAAUAAUCGUGGCACUUUAACAUAUUCAUUUUUAUUAUGAGAUGAUUUUUUUUCUAGUUUUUUUAAUUAUCGAGAUAGCUGAGAUUUAACAAUGAUCGAACGAGGAUCUUUAUCGGUGUUUACACCUGAAUAGAGAGCAGAGAAAGGAACUUGUGAAAGACAAUAAUUAGUUUUCGCUUACGAAAGAUCGAGCAUGAAGGAUUUAACUCGAGGGGAUGAUAAGACACAUACUAGUCGAAAAGUCUCGUGUACAGGACCUGGUGAAAGUUUUCAUUUAACGACACAUCGCGCUCUUUUUCUUUUUCUUUCUCUUUCUCUGUACGCCUAUUAACAAUGUCACUUUGACGUUCUUUAAUGAGUAACUCGGUGUUUUUGCCGCAUGCCUCGUCCAAAACAAACGAACUUGGGCGACCAUUCGCGUUGUUAGAUACGAAAAACGUAUGAGCGAUGAAAUUUUCUAGCCUUUUUGCUUCACCGUUCUCAUUGAUUACCAAUAAAUGUUACUAUUAUUUUGAUUGUUUAAUUAAAUAUUAAUGAACUCGGGUUCGGGAGCUGUGUGAUACGAUUCAGAGAUCGUACAUUGACGUUUGCGUUCUCAAUUGACACACCAAACGUUCGUGUAUCGUCUGUGUGUGGAGUGUAUAAUGGAAAAAAUGUUUGUUGUAAAGACUAUGAGAAGUGGCAUGGUAACGAAGAUAGUUGAACUAUAUUUUCAGCAAUACGUCGCGCAUCACACAAUUGGCAGUGGGAUAACACAAGAAAAAGCCCGUAUUCUCCGCGAUAACGCAAAAGUAUUCUCGUUAUCCUUCACCGUAAUGCAAUUGAUAUGCAAUUAUAGGUAGAAGCAUGCGCGAGAUCCGCAUACUUAACAAUAACUUUAAGUAACGCUGUUCGUCACGUUUCUUAAUUUCUUUGAUUUUUUUUUCUACCGUUUUUUUUUCUUCAUCGUCUUUUCGUUAAUACCAAACGGACGUAUACUUUCUUUCUCUUUAUCUUUCUCUUUCUCUAUAUAUAUAUAUAUAUAUCUAGAUAUUUAUAAAUACGUAUAUAAAAGCGGCUCUUAGGGGCAUUAACGCGCUUGCGAAAACGUUCAGUCGUCUGUGUGACACAUUUAUCGUGCAUUACUCAAUGCAAUAAUCAAAGGCCAUUCGUUGUUUUUAGCUCUCAUACUCGUGCAAACACAUUUAAACGUAGAUCCACUUAUGAUAUGUAUAAAUAUACACAUUUAUAUGAUUUACACGAUGAUUUAUAUUUAUAUUUAUUGAGAGAAGCAGGUUAGCAAAUUUUUUGAACAUUAGCUCACGCCCAUCGUUAUUUCUACACCACAUUCGUUGGUUUUGCUAAUCACUCUUUGCGAUACGAUCAAUUCGUUGAGAUCAAAAACACUCUUUAAUAUUUUUUACUCUUUUUCAUUAAUCGCGCGCACACUGUUGAAUCCCUUACUAAUGAGAAAAAUACUCGAUUAUUCAUGAAUUUCGUUAUUAUCGUUUAUUCGUCAUGCGGUGAUGGCACGUCGAUGAAACUUAUGGUACUUUCGCACUCGUAUCGACGUUUAACUUUCAUUUAAUAUCUUAUAUUGCUCUUUUUCGUUGUACAUCAAAGCAAAGGCAUUAAAUUAAUACUUGUCAGUUAACACCACAAAGUACCUAUACUAGAAUCUCGAGCUGAUAUCCCUAGGGUCGGUCAAAAAUACAUAACUAAAAAACCAGUGAGGUUAUCACUUCCGGAAGAAUAACUAACACACGAAAAAUAAAAGAGGCUCGGAAGCUCGGAACCGCUCGGGCCACGUUCCCAUUUAAUUUCGCUUGUGUGUUAAAACCAACGAAACAAAUACAUGUCGCGUCCUACGAAUUCGAGUUAAUCUCCUAAUCGCUCGUGUCCCCCGGCUUCAUUGAAAAUAAUAUUUUAUCACUGAAUUAUAAAUAAAAAGUAUAAAAUGACAUUUUUCACGAGGAGACAGAGAAAAUUGCACAUUUUUUUCAAUCGCUACUUUUGAUCCGACAGAUAACUGCGACGAGGAUACAUCUCAAAGUGUUCGUUAUGUGGUUCUGCACAACUGCUGGCGCUACUGGGACGACUUUUCGGUUUAUACUUUAGUCCGGAUAACGUAGCACUGCGCGCGACAAUACAGACUUUCAAACGAACGAUAAAAAUACUAAAAAAAAAGCAAACGAACCUUUUUUAAUCCAAGCGACGAUAACGUUUUUGCGACUCGUUAUUCAAAUAAAAAACUGUCCUGUUUACCAGCCCGAACCGACCAAAGGUAAAAUCAAUAACGAAAUAUAAUUUAAAAAAUCACGCUCAUGAACAAACAUUACCACUCGUAAACGUAACACUUCGGGAUGUCUCCUUGUCAGGUUCUCACAUUCUCACAUUCUAGUUACAGUUUUUCCAUCUCCCCCCAGCCCCCCCCCCCCCUCCCCUUCUCGUAUUUAUUCGUCCAUCAUCUUUAGUCGUCGAUUAACUUUUGCCGGUGAUAGGUAGGCGUAGGAUUUUUCUAGGCAGACGACACUAGGCUUAUAGGGAAAGUAAAUAAAUGGAAAAUCAAUAAAAAUAAGAUAAAACACAGAAGAAAUUGAAAAAACAAAAUCUACCCAGGGACCAAAACAACUGCGUUUUCAGGACUGAUGGUUCUAUCGUAUACUUGUAGGUAUUUUAAUGCGUAUCGAAGACCAUACGUUCAAUCAGAUCCGAUUUUCCAUCGCGUAUGUACGUCGACUAUGAGGACCCGAAGGAGGAAAAGUUUAUUAAAGUAGUGUAUAGAGGAAUGAAAAGUCGAUAUUUCUAAUUUUAAAUGGAUUUGGAAGAGAGAGAGAGAGAGUGGGGAAGAACUACUCAAAUGCAGAGUCGGAUCUCUUUGCAACGUUCGAUCUUCGAAGGAAUGUUGAAUUUAUGCUAUUACCAGAAUCAUGUACAUUAUUUUAUAUUAUUUUAUAUCGAUUAUUUAAUUUUAUUUUUAUAAAGAGAUUUUAGCCAUAUUUAUGCGUUGUGUUGACGAACAAAAACAUAGGAAAAAGAAGAAAAUAAGAAAGGAGAAUAUGAAAACCGUCCACGAUCGUAGCUCCGCGUUUUGAAACUCUCUGAUUAUUAUUAUUAUUUUUUUAUUUUCUUUCCUCUUGGAACGAGUGAAAUGGUUCGUUACGAUUGAAGCGGCUCGUAUUGCGACCUUCAUAUUCUCUCUUUCUUUUUCAUAGUCUCUCUAAGAAUCGAAAGUACGAGAGAAAGUGACGAAAAAUUGGAGCCCGCGAUGGAAUAUUGACACGAUUAUAUAAUCGAACGCUCUUGUACGAUUCGAAAUUCUGUUUGUCGGGGCUUCAAACGUUGUAUUACAUCUCGUCAAUCCGUUGCCGUGAUUCGGCAACUGGAACGUGCCGUUGCAAUUAAUUGACAUCUGAAAAAAAAAAAAAAAAAAAAAAAAAAAAAAAAAAACGAAUCGCUCGAUCAAUAGUUCGAAAGAAAUUUCAUUUCUUUCCUAAGUUUGCCAAAUUCGGAGCAUAUUCACGCGUGUGCCAUUUUCAACCGGGCGUGAAUUGCUAUACGUGUCGCCAAAUUCUUUUUGGCCUCUCAGGUUUUAUAUCCAACAAAUAAAAACGAAACAUUAGCCUCUUUCAUUACUUGUUUCAAACGUCAAAAUCUCCUUGCAACUCACGCUCGGUUAUGGAAACGAAGAAAAUCUAUUUCUUUGUUCUCGCAGUGUCAUCUUUUAAAUAUAAUUAUACAUUAUUUAAUAUAAGGAAGAAAAAAGGAAUAUUGUCACAUGCAUCGUCAAGAUGAGAGAGAGAGAGAGAGAGAGAGGAAAAUUGUAGGAUUUGGCAACGGCUAUGGAAUGUCAGUAAAAACUGUUAAGAGAGUAUGAUUACUCACGUUUCUAUGUUGGCGAACAGGUGCAGCGGCCGCUGCGAAGCAGCGUAGGCACCUGGGUCAGAUUCGCGAGCACCCUUAUCAAAGGGCCGGCGCACUCUCGUGAAUACAGAGAUUACGAAUCGCGGAAAGGUUAGUUGUGCCUCCAUUUAUCAAUAUCAAUAUUUUAAUGCGUAUAUAUAUAUAUUUAUACGUAUAUAUAUAUUUACAUUGUACGUCAAUAUGCAUCACGAGUUUUUCUUUGUUUUUUUUUUUCAUAUUUUUUCUGUAAAAAAAUCGUAUCUGUAACGCUUACCAAUGUAUGCGACAACGAGCUCGCUCAGAUUCUGGCUAUAUUUCGAGCCGAAUAGGAGCGAGUUGGUAUUGCACUUUUGUACCUGAUGAAAAAAAAAAAAAAAAAAAAAAAAAAACACAUCCACAAUCCGUCAAUUCCGGUGAUCGGUGGAAAAGUCCCAUUUUGUAGUGCUUUCCAUUUGAUGAAAUAAUGCUAAAAGUAUAUUUUUUUAAUUCUAUCUCGUGUCGGAUCUCCGUGCCUGCAGUAUUACACGAGUCAAUCUCGUUCGUUUUAUUUUUUAGUCAAUACGAUUAAGAGUUCACAUGUCAUGUCGCUUUUCGGUUGCUGGGACACUUUUCGUCUCGCUCCAAAACGCCGUUCUACCGAUAAAAUUGAUUCGAGUCACUUUGCUCUUUUUUUUUUUUGUUUCAAAUUUUUUUUUUUUUUCAUUCAUCCAUUGUAAACUCUACAAUGCUAGAGAAUCCGUGCCAAGUACAUUGGGAAAGCAAACGCAGUGUAUGAAAUUUGAUAAAAAUAGUCCUUGUUUUGUACUGUCAAUGGAAAAAGAAAUACGAACUUGAUGAAGCAGCAUAAUCGAAGCGGCUCUUGGUAUCAAGGCUUUUGACAAUUUUAUAUUCCAUCAUUUUUUCUUAUUUAUAUGCAUAUAUGUAUAAAUAUAUAUAAAUAAAUAUAUAUAUAUAUACAUAUUAUAUACUUUUGGCGCAACUCCCCCGCUCUUAGGUCUAAGCAGCAGUUUAUGAUGCAGGAAGUAUGUGAAAUUUUGUUGAGAUUGAGAUUAUUCGUAUUUGACUUGUUUAUCUUUUUAUUUAUAUAUAUUUAUCUCGUGCCACUGUUGAUUAUUGUACGUUUGAGCACACGGUGAGGGUGCGCACCUCCUCACAUCAUAGAUCAAAAACAGAGGAAGAAGAAACGACUUAAAAUUUAUACCAUCUUUUCGAUUCUCACUCGUUCUCGAAGCACUGCCCAUCUACGUGGGGAAAAAAAAAAGAAAAAAAAACCCCCCCCAGGGAAAUAUUCUCGUGUGCAAAUGGU